AUUAACUACACCUUCAAGCGGUGUAGCAGAAGCCGCUAUUUGAGAGCCCGACAGAUAUAACCAAAGAUUUGGAAAAGUGUUUUAUUGCUUAGUCUUUGUGCUGGCUCGAUAAAAUAAAUUAAACAUUGUAACGACAAUGAGUACAAAACAUGGACGAGAAUUAGCCUUGUCUAUGCUCAGAGCUUUGCCCAGAGUCUGUCUGAGAAAUAUUCGUGAUAACCCUGGUUCCAAACAGAAUGGCAAACGAGGAAGGGGUCAGCACGGUGGAGACUACCAUGGAGCUGGAAACAAGGGUUCAGGCCAACGGCAGAAUUUUAUGCGUCUUGGCUAUGAGACUGGAAACAAUCCAUUUUACCUCAGAUUCGGCCGUGAACCUUAUUAUAAAGGGCAUCAUUUGAGGAGGGAAUAUCCACCACUUUCACUGCAUCGACUGCAAACCCUCAUUGAUACAAACAGACUUGAUGCCUCUAAGCCUAUCGACCUUACAGCACUGUUAAACACUGGAAUAUUAUCUAUAAUUCCACACAGAAGACACGCAGGAAUUCAACUGACCGAUGAGGGUGCAGACAUUUUUAAAGCUAAAGUUAACAUUGAAAUCCAAUGGGCCUCGGAACCGGUGAUUGCAGCUAUUGAAAGGAAUGGUGGUGUUAUUACGACAAGCUAUUAUGAUCAACACAGCUUAUAUGCUGCUAUAGAUGCGGAAAAGUUUUUUUUGAGAGGUGAAGCUAUUCCUCGAAGGAUGUUACCGCCGGCAGAUUGCUUAGAAUAUUAUUCAAGCGCGGAAUCUCGUGGAUAUCUAGCAGACCCUGAAAAAGUAUCCCAAGAACGUUUAGUUCUGUCGCAAAAGUACGGGUAUAUUCUGCCAAAAAUUGAAGAUGAUCCUCAACUACCAAUGUUGUCGGAGAGAAAAGACCCUCGUCAAAUAUUCUAUGGUUUAGAACCCGGCUGGGUCAUCAGCCUCAAAGAUAAAGCCAUAUUAAAACCAAAAGCUGAAUACUUGAAAGAAUUUUAUAAAAGUUAAUUAUAUCCGUACAGAUGGGUUGUCGAAUAAAAAAUUACAUGUACAGUAGAACAAA